CUGGCAGAGCGAGAGGGAAGCGCAGGAACGGGGGAUAGGGAUGUGUCAAAAAAAGAGAAAGUCUGGAAGAAAAACAAGGAGGGCUGGCCCAUGUGGGUAAACCGCAUUUGGAGCUUAGAACAGCACACUCCCUUCACGCACGAGGCGGCAAAGCGGGUGGUCACGGCCAUAGGGCUGCCGUGGCCGAAGGUGGGGGCCAUCAUCAGAGCCUUGCCGCCCGAUGAGGCCUUGGGAGGAGAAAUCUUAAGGCUGGUGAUUAGAAAUCUAGGGGAAUAUGAGCCCCUCAAGGAUAACAUGGAAGGGGCGCCCUGGAGAGAUAUCCAGGAGGCGGCGGCGUACGUGUGUGGGAAUGUGGUGCUGCGGGCACUAAAGCAGCAGGAGAAACCCGUGAGCUCCGAUUUUGACAUUCUGGGCAUGAAUGUGGAGCAGGGGGAUGUCGGGGUGCUGGCCUGCCGUGCUCCCGAGGCACACAGGGGGUUCUUCAUCAGCCUGGGUUCCACGCUGAUUGGCCGUCCCCUCCAAGAGUGCAUGGCCACCCUGGAGAACCUGGGCACCCUGGUGGGGGCGGAGGGGAAAGAGAAGGCAAAGAAGGAAGCAGCGAGGGUGAGGACAUACAUCCCUAGGGGGAUAAUUUGGAGAUACUUGAUAAAUCAGGGAGUAAAUGAAGGAGAGCUAGAUAGUCAGCCCACAGGAGUUCUGCUCGCCAAAAUGAAGAAAAUCCUUCAGGAAAAAGGGAUGAAACAAGAGGAGAUUUGGGAGAAACUAAAGCAGAUGAAGCCAUUGCCUCCUCUUCCUACCCCAAAGAGAAAACAAUAUCCGUUACAGAAGGACAUUAAAGAUUAGGGGUCCCAGCCCUGGUGUCAGUGGGAUUAACCUCUACCACGCUUGCUUGAUAUCUGGAAGAAGGAACUGCCUGGAAGCGCAGUGUCUGCUGAAUGGCAGUGAGAAGUUAAACAUUCGUUCUCAGUUGAUAUGGGAUUAGAAGCAACAUUAUUAGAUUAUGAGGGGGUCUGGGAUAAAUCAUUAUUGGGAGUAUUAGGGGGAAAAGAAGUAGAAGCACACAUGUGCAUGGGGGAAGAUGAAGUGAAUGGGCAGAUAAUGCUGGUGAAGGGGUAAGGAGGGCAGAUAUUUUAGGAAGGCAUUUCCUGUCCCAGUUCAGGGUAGAUCUGUCCAUAAGAAAGCUACAUUUGUUGUUGCUUCAAAAAAUGAAAAUAUGAGGGGAGUCUCCAAGUCAGUGAAAUGCUGGUGUAAAAGUGAAGUGAAAGCAAGAAGUGUACCAGUUUCAGCAAGGCAGAGCUGACUUUCUUCAGGGCGUGUGGUGUGGUGCUGUGUUUUGGCUUCAGGAGAAAUACAGUGUUGAUAGUGCACUGAUGUUUUUGCUGUUGCUGAGUGGUGCUGCACAGAGCCAAGGACAUUUCAUCUUUUGGUACUGUCCUGCUAGCAAGGGGGCUGGGAGUCACAGAAGCGAGGAGGAGACAGAACCAGAGCAGCUGACCUACACUGGCCAAAGGGAUAACUCAUACCAUAUGGCAUCAUGUUGGACAACAGAGCUAUGGAGAGCUGCUCAGGGGAGCAGCUGCUGCUAAGGGAUGGGUUGGGCGUUAGUCAGCGAAUGUCCUUCAGCUGUUAGCUGCAUCAGGGUGAGACUGAAGGUAAUUGACGAAGUAAGAGGACUGACCUGGAACGAAGCAAUCCUGGUUUUGUGUGAGCGAAGAACAUACAAGGUACCAGUGAUAGCUGCUGAGAGCUAUGCCUGAAUAUGGCCAUGGCCAGAAAACUCUCUGGCCCAACUUAAAGGUUGGGUUAAAAGCUAUUUGUUAUUAAGGAAGAAAAGGAAGAAAAAAUAAUAAUAAAAAUACAAUAGACAAAUACAGUUAUCAUUGCUGUAUACAGCUACAAUACAAUUGCUCAGCUAGUCAUCAGGAGCUGAUGCCAAGCCAGUUCCUGAGCAGUGGCUGCCUCCCCUGGUGAGCUUCCCACGGCUUUAUACUUUUUUAUGUGAUAUGUGGGGGGAAAGCAUCUGGG